AUAAUAGAUAGGUAAUGGAUCAUGACAAACAAACAUGGCGAAUGGGACACGAACUAAUUCUUCAAAGAUUUUAGACGCGUUUUUGGAGAAAUUUGAACAAAAUGAAUUGAAUGGUUUAGCCACUGCAGAAACGUAUUCACAACAAUUGGCUGUUUACCUUGUUCGAUAUGAGUUAGAAGAUGCAAAGUUCCUAUGGAAAAGAAUACCAGACGAAAUCAAAACGUGUACACCAGAACUCCAAAACAUUUGGAAUAUUGGAAAGAAAAUGUGGUUGAAAGACUAUGCCGGAAUAUAUGCUGGCUUACAUCAAGAUUGGUCAGAUGUUGUAAGACCUUUAAUGGUGAUGCUUGAAGAGAGAUUACGAGAACAUCUUUUCGACCUUGUGCAAAAUGCAUAUACUUCCAUCCAUGUGAGCAAAUUCUCCUUGUUUAUGGGAAUGACCAUACAAGAAGCACUUGAAGUGGCUCAAAAACACAACUGGACAUAUGAUGAUGAUACAAAAACAUUAAUGCCACAAAAGGAUAAAGGGGACUCUCAAAGGUCGAAAAUGGUAUUAAAAUGUGACACGCAAUUGGGAAUUCUAACAGAUUACGUGUCAUUCUUGGAACAUUGAUGAUAUGGCAAUGCAUUGCAUAUAAGAGAGUUAGUUUAUUUGGUUAUUCCUAACUUAAAUUGCUUUGAUCUACACCUGUUUUUAUAAUUCUUUUGAAAUUUGAAGUAAAAUAUGUGUGUGCGUAGAACUGAAGACUGGGGCGAGCAUAACAUAAACAGAAAAUGGCGUGUGACAACUUUAAUAGCUUUUGUUUGUGUGGAUAAUAUUACAUGAUUUCGCAAUCUGUUCUGUUUUGAUUAUGAUAAUAUGUAUUCAAAAACUA